AUGUUGUUUAACGUAGUCCCUACUCCUUCAUGUCCCAUCAAAUCUCUUAGAACUUUGAUGAGUGUUGCUACGUCAGGUUUUAGAAUCGGUUCUUUGGGCGUUGCUCUAUCUCAUAUGUCUGAAAAGUUAGAAGCUAAAAGUAGUAACCCGAAACACCCAUUUAGCUCAUCUCAGAUCUGGAUUCAUCGAAGUUUUCGUAUAUGCUUCUUAUUUAGAAAGCUUGAUCCCGCGCACUCAACCUGUUUGAUAAAAUUCCCCACAGAAACUUCAGAAAUCUUUUCAACAAUGGGUUCACAAACUGCAAGCAAAAACAUAAUCACUCUCGGUGGAUCCUCAGCCAUUGUGUGCGAAUAUUUCGGUUAUGCAGCAAACAGUAUUCUGCACCUUAACGGUGUUUAUCCUGAAGAAACUUUUGAAAGAGUGAGGAAACAUGAACUUCGAUUGUUGCUUUGUAAGAAAAUGAGUGUUAAGUCAUACUUAUCAAGGCUUGAUAAGCAGAUUUCCGAAUGGCUGGAAGCUGGGAGGUUGCAUGAGAUUGAACUUCUGAUUAUGACUAAGGCCACCAAUGAAGUACUUCAGAGUUGGAACUUUAUUAUAAAGACUGAUGGUGAAGCUGCUGAAAAAGGGGAGAAGAGUGAUAAAGAAAUCAUGAAUGAGAUUAGAGAUGUUCUGAGACGUAUUUCAGCCACCUACAGAGUCUUUCCUCUCCUUAAUGAACCAUGCAUCUUUAAUGUGGUGGCACAUAUUGAUAAGGAUGGUACAAUAGCAUUCAAAUGGAAAGACAGUGAACACGAAAGGUCUUAUAUGGAGAGAUUUCGUGCUUUCAGUACUAAGAUACUUAAGGCUGCCUCUUCGGUUUCUUUCAAGAAGCGAAAAUCGGAUGACCAGAUGCAUGAGGUUGACACUAUGGUUCCUAAGAAGAAAUCAAAAUUGGAUGACUAG